CUUGCUGUGAAGGUUCUUAUUCCAAGAGCACAACACGUGGUUUUGUUAUAGGAUAAGGCAAAUCAGGACAGGUUUGACUAAAAUAUGGAUUCCUUUUUUCGGAGUGAAGAGAUGUGUCUUGUCCAGCUGUUUUUCCAAACUGAGUCAGCUCACAACUGCAUCAAUGAGCUUGGGCAUCUAGGACUGGUGCAAUUUAAAGAUCUAAAUCCUGGAACAGUCGCCUUUCAGCGCCGAUUUGUGAAGGAGGUGAAGAAAUGUGAGGAGAUGGAGAGAAUUCUUCGGUUCUUGGAAAAUGAGGUUGUCAAAUCAAACAUCCCCAUCCCAGCAGACUUUACCAGUGAGACAAUACCUGUUCCACGAGAUGUUCUGGAUUUAGAGUCUAGAUUUGAUAAACUGGAGCAGGAGCUGAAGGAGAUCAACGCAAACCGAGACACCCUCAGGCAGAACUUUACUCAACUAAUGGAGAUCAACCAUCUCCUGCAGAUGACUGAUGACUUUUUUGAGGAGGCUGAGUCCCAGCUCUCCAUCUCUGAGCUUCCUUCUGAAGACUCGAUGUACUCUUCCAGGGUGACAUGCCGACGCACCAGUUACACCAGCACCAACGGACCCCUGAAACUUGGGUUUGUUGCAGGAGUCAUCAAGCAUGAACGUUUCCUUGCCUUCGAAAAGAUCCUGUGGCGACUGUUUCAUGGAAACUUUGUCCUCCGUCAUGCUGAAAUCAAGCCCCAUGAGGAGGAGAACAUGGCUGAGGAUCCAGUGAAGAAGGAUGUGUUCGUAGUAUUUGUCCAAGGAGACCAGAUCAGAGGAAAGAUCAGAAAGCUAUGUGAUGGGUUUCAUGCCAGCAUGUAUCCAUGUCCCAACAAUGCGUCCGCAAGAAAGGAAAUGAGAACAAUUGUCAACACACGCAUUGAAGACCUUCGAUUGGUCCUGAAGAGGACGGAGGAGUUCCGUGAGACUACCCUGACUGCAGCAGCAGCCAACCUCCAGGAGUGGGCAUCUAAAGUAAAGAAGAUGAAGGCCAUCUAUCACACAUUGAACCUGUGUAACAUAGACAUUACACAGAAGCUGAUUGUUGCUGAGAUUUGGUGUCCAGUGUCUGACUUAAACUCUGUGCACACUGCACUGAUACAUGGAUCAGAGCAGAGCGGCUCCAGUCUUAGCCCCGUCGUGAACAGAAUCCAAACCCAGCAGACACCCCCAACAUUCAACAGGGUUAACUCCUUUACCUCAGGUUUCCAGAGCAUUAUUGAUGCCUAUGGGGUCGGCAACUAUCAGGAAAUAAACCCAGCUCCAUACACCAUGGUGACCUUCCCCUUCCUGUUUGCGGUCAUGUUUGGAGACUGUGGUCACGGUCUCGUCAUGACUCUGCUCGCUUUAUGGUUGAUCCUACACCAAGAACACUUCAGGAAGCUGAAGAACGAGCUGAUUGACAUGCUGGUGGAUGGACGCUACAUUAUAUUCCUGAUGGGCCUCUUCUCCAUAUACACUGGCCUCAUCUACAACGACUGCUUCUCCAAGUCCUUCAACGUCUUUGGAUCCUCGUGGAGCGUCCGACCCAUGUUCCAUCCACACGGACCGUGGACUAAUGACACGUUGCAUGACUCUGGCCAUCUUCAUCUGGACCCCCUGGUGUCUGGAGUCUACUCUGGCAAUCCCUACCCAUUUGGUGUUGACCCGAUAUGGAAUAUUGCAUCGAAUAAGCUGUCGUUCCUGAACUCUUACAAGAUGAAGAUGUCUGUAAUCAUGGGAGUGGCCCACAUGCUCUUUGGAGUCACUCUGAGUCUGGUGAACUACAUAUUCUUCAGAAACUUAAAGGAUGUUGCGUUGCAGUUCAUUCCAGAGGUGAUUUUCAUGCUGUCUCUGUUUGGAUACCUGAUCUUCCUCAUCCUCUACAAGUGGUGUGUAGUGAUGAAGUCUGAAUCUGCUCCUAGCAUCCUGCUCCUCUUCAUCAACAUGAUGCUCUUUGACUACAGCUCUGAGGGUACUGUGCUUUACAGAACACAGAAACCUGUGCAAAUAUUUCUGGUGGUUGUUGCUGUGCUUAUGGUUCCUUGGCUACUGUUUGCCAAGCCCCUGCUCUUGUAUAGAAAACACAAGCAAUUAAAGCUGGUCAGUAUGGCUGACAUUUUCGUGUACCAGGGCAUCCACACCAUCGAGUACUGCCUUGGAUGCAUCUCCAACACAGCCUCCUACCUCCGCCUGUGGGCUCUCAGUCUAGCUCAUGCUGAGCUGUCUGAGGUGCUGUGGAAGAUGGUUCUGCAGGUGGCUCUGAGGGUCACCUCGGGGAUGGGUUCUGUUCUGCUGGCAGUGACCUUUGCUGCCUUCGCUGUCCUCACAGUCACCAUUCUCCUGGUCAUGGAGGGUCUCUCUGCCUUCCUCCACGCCCUACGGCUGCACUGGGUUGAAUUCCAAAACAAGUUCUACAAAGGAUCUGGGUACAAGUUCACACCGCUUUCCUUCGACAGGAUGAGAGCCAUGCAGUGACUUCAGAUAGAGAAACGCGUUAUUGCUACGAGUCCGUUCUCAUAUUCAUUUACUGUUUAUGUUGAUAUGUCUUUGUGUUAGUCAUUGAUCACAUUAAGUUGUUUUCGGUAUGUAGAUCGUACUCUAUAACUGUCGCCAUGGAAUUAAAAAUCUGUGCAAGCAAGGUGCAGCAUUUGCCACAAGAUGGCAGCACGCAAUUAUUAGUCAGUCAUGGUUCUAAAAGUAGGCUACAUUCGGCAACAGAAGAAUUGUCAAAAGACAAUUCAAAAACAAUGAACAAUAUUUAGAUCCAACAAUAGUGUACAAAACAUUAAGGACACCUUUCUAAUAUUGAGUUGCACCCUGCCCCUGUUUCCCUCAGAACAGCCUCAAUUUGUCGGGGCAUGGACAAUACAAGCCCUCAAAAACGUUCCACAGGGAUGCUGGCCCAUGUUGACUCCACUGCUUCCCACAGUUGUGUCAAGUUGGAUGGAUGUUCUCUGGGUGGCGGACCAUUCUUGAUACACAUGGGGAAACUGUUGAGUGUGAAAAACCCAGCAGCGUUAUAGUUCUUGACACAAACCGGUGAGCCUGGCACUUACUACCAUACGCCAAUUCAAAGGCACUUCAAUAUUGUUUCUGUCCCAUUCACCCUCUGAAUGGCACACACACACACAAUCUAUGUCAAUUGUCUCAAGGCUUAAAAAUCCUUCUUUAACCUGUCUCAUCUACACUGAUUGAAGUGGAAUUAACAAGUGAUAUAAAUAAGGGAUCAUAGCUUUCACAUGGAUUUACCUGGUCAGUCUAUAUCAUUGGAAAGAGCAGGUGUCCUUAAUGUUUUGUACACUCAGUUUAUAUCUGUGAAAUGUAUUGGGAUAAAGCAUGGAAAUGUUAUUCUGUUGUGAUUGUCUGUAUGGAUUAUUCUUGUACAUGCUUAGUGCAUUGAAAUUCAAAUCCCAAACCAAUCAGUGUAUCUGUUGCCUUGAAAAAGGUUUCAUAUUCAUUUUAAAGAGUGUAAUAAUAGUGUAUAUCUUUGGGUUCAAAGGAAGUUGAACCCUAUCCCUUCAGCUAAAUAAAUACUUUCUUGUAUAAACUAAUUGGUCCUAAUAGGCCAAAGAUUAAAUUAGAGAGAGUGGAUUUAUCUAUAGAUUUGGUGGGUAGAUUAUUUAUUUGAGGAUGUGCUACAUUUGAUCAAUAUGUUGUCCACUUGAAGAAAGAACUGUAUCAUUACCUAAACAUUGACAUUAGAAUGCUCCCUUGAAGGAACCACCAUGGAAUGCAGACUAAAUCUGCGGAGAUAUUUAGGCUAGUUGUUAAGGUAAAAACAUUCUGUGUGAAAAGCAGUGUAAAGAAACCUUUGUAGUGAAGAAAAACAUAGUUUCAGCUCACUUCAUUGCCUUUCAACCGCUUCAGGAAAGGAAAGGCGAUUCCCUGGUUACCUUGAAGAAUAACAGUUGACCUACAUGGCCACUGAGAUUAACAAUAACAAUCGUCAGCUCCAUAAAACAUUUUAAAGAAUCAAGUAGCACAUUCAUAUUCAUAGCUCAAAAAGGAUGGUCACAACAAAUACAUUAACGACCAUCUAAAGACGGACCAAGUGCAUUCAGCUAUCAGUGACAAAGUCUAUAACACAGCUGUGAAACCAUACUGGUCACAGUGGGUAUCCUGGCCCUUUCCCAUCCUUAUGUAUGCCACAGUUUAUUCUAAGCAUUGCAGUAUUUGGCUGUGUUCCUUUGUCUUUGCAAAAAAGAGGAGGGUUGUGACUAUGAAGGUGAUUUCAGAGACUGACUGCACAAGCGCUUCAGAUGUUUAUUAGACAUUUAAAAAUCAUAUUUUAUUUCUAUGGUACCAGGUGAUCUUGUGCCAAUACCUAGGACUUCUGUCAACAUGACUAUAACACAAAGCUUAU